CGGCCCCAUGGCUCACUUCAGAAUUGGCCCCGUCCGGCUCAUAAUUCCAGCCAUGCAGACACAAGAACAAGCAAAGGGUUUAACCCGCUCGUCUUCACGAUCAAUCUUUCCUGUCGAAACGAGAACGUCACCAAAUGCCUCCACCUCCCAGCGUCGUCAGCUGACACUUCACGAAAUCGAGAGUCUGGUCGUUUCCGGUGCCACAUCGCGUCGUGAGGGCACAAAGUUGCUUACGUACUACACACUUGACGUGUACACCGGGAUCUCGACUCCCAGCUCAAAAGACAUUGACGCAGCGCGUACUCAGUUAAAUGAUAGUGAGGACACUCGGCCGCCAGCCUACAGGGUGGAGAAGACGCUAGUGGACUUUGAUAAUCUCCGUCAAGCGCUUUUCAACGCGUCCCACUUGGCACACACAUCCGUCUCCUGUGAAUUUUGCAAGGAGAUGAUGCUGUAUAUUGACACCGGCGACAAAAAGUUCGGUAGCAGCGUGCUUCAGCGUCUCGUUGGUCGCGAAAAGAUCAAACGGUCGCUGCAGCAGUUCGUGGACGGUGUUGUAGACAUCCUGAUCCACUUUGCCUGUACGGAAGGAACACCGUGGUGUUCUGGCCAAGUCCAGAGCCACCAAGUCGUGCGUCAAUUCCUUCUACCUCGUGCUUCGGAUAGCUGAAGCCUAACGCCAGGACACCACCUUGGACGAACUCUAUUAAUUCUUGCUACUCUCUUGAAUAUCAUAUCUUAUGUUUCCUGCAGCUGACUAGUAUUUGUCUUGCAUUUUACCGACAUAAUAGUCACUACAUGUACACGUUAAGAAACAAGUAGAAU